AGAAUCUGACUCGACCCAAUAUCAUGACCAACAAAUCAGCACCAGUAGAGAAUGUGGACUCUGUGACACUGAGCUGCAUCACUCCAAGCAAGGAUGCAACUAUCCAGUGGUACAUCAACAAGGAACUCUUUCUGGGUGGCAGCCACCAGGCAGAAUUAUCCCCAGAUCAGAGGAGUCUCACUGUUCCCAGGGUGACCCGUGCUGAUGGGGGGCCCUACCAGUGUGAGGCUAAGAAUCCAGUCAGCACUAGCAUCAGCACCCCGUUUCUCCUGGACGUCGUUUAUGGCCCCGAUCCCCCCACAGUAACCACCCUGGAGCCAGAUGCCAUCUUUAUUGGGUCCCAGCUCAACCUCUCCUGCUUUGCUGCCUCAAACCCAGCUGCCCACUAUGAAUGGAUCUUCAAUGGCACUACAGGGCCUUCUGGGCAGCAAUUCUCCAUUCCUGCUGUCUCUCUGAGUAACUCAGGUCUGUACACCUGCAAGGCGUCCAACGCCCUCUUGGGACGGCACAGCACGGUAGACACGCAGAUCUCUGUUUCUGGGACCAUGCCCCAGCCCACCAUCACUGCCAAUAACUCAGCCCCGAUGGAGAACAAGGACUCCGUCAGGAUGACCUGCAUCCCUCCACGGAGCACUGUGGCCAUCCACUGGUAUAAGGAUGGUGAGCUGCUUCCUGAAGGCGGCCAGUGGGAGCUGUCCCCUGACCAGCAGACCCUCACUCUGGAUAGUGUCACCAGGAACGCCACUGGCCUUUAUCAGUGUGGGGCGAGCAACUCGGCUGUGUCCAGUGUCAGCGACCCCGUCACCUUGAACGUGGACUAUGGUCCUGACAAGCCCACCAUAAACUUUAUGGAUUCGACCUUCAUCGUGGGCUCCAACCUCACCCUCUCCUGCUUUGCUGACUCCAACCCCCCUGCAGAGUAUAUGUGGAUAAUGGAUGGUGUCCUCGAAUCACAUGGCCAGCACCUCUUCCUUCCCAAUAUCUCCCAGAAUGCCUCUGGGUUAUACACCUGCAAUGCAACUAAUUCUUACACGGGCCAACACAGUACCACCAAUUUGAACAUCCACGUUUAUGAAACACCGGAUGGCCUGCUCACAUACUCCAGGAGCAUCAUCUCUGGAGGGGGCAUCAUAGGCAUUGUGUUUGGUGUCCUCGUUGGAGUGGUGCUGUCAUCCACGGUGGGCUACUUUUUGGGCAUCAUGCGAGAUCAG